UUGUUAUCUUCUCCCAUAUUCAUUGUCUCUCUGUCGUCUCACACAUAGCUUUCAAUCUGAAACGAUUAAUUUUGAAAUCUCUGCUGGGUUUAAUUAAUGAAUUAUUUCUCUCUCUUAUUUGCUUUUCUUUUCAAUUUUGGAUUUCUUGAAGAUGGAAGAGUGAUGCGAUUUGCCCAUAGGGAAAAAAGAAAGAGCCAAUAAGUUGUCAGAAACUUUGGCAUUAACAAAAUAUUUGAUUCUUUAUUCGUCUUUGUAAGAGUAAAGCAAAGCAUGUACCACACUCGGUCUCUCUCAAUCGACUACUUUCAAAUAGGCUGUGCCCUCAUUUACUUUCCUUUCAAUUAUCAACUCUUCCCUCUCUUGUUCCUAUUCUGAUCUUUUCUUAGUCGUCUCUGAUCCCGAGCAGCCCUUUUCCUUUUUCAUUCCCCUUUUCCUUUCUCCAGGACCCAUUUGUUUCCCGCGGAUCGAUAAACGAAUUUCUAUUUAUUUCAGAUUCCCCCAAUUCCCUUUUGUCCCAUUUAGCCGCGUACCUACUACACAGACCAUAUAUGAUUCACACCCUUUAUUUCUUCUUUCUUUAACUGCUUAAGCUAUUGAAAAAACAGAGAAAUUACUGCUCUGCUCAGUUGAUCUUUUCAUGAAAUAUUGGGUAAAGGGAAGGCUUGUUUGUUUUCUUCUACUCAAUCAAUGGAGAAGAGAAAGAAAGAGAGAGAAUUAAAGGGGAAGUAGUUGGAUUAUGCAAUUAAUUCUUGGGAUUUCCUUUUUUUUUCUUUCAUGAAUUUGGUAUGCACUAAACCUCUAGGUGGAACCUACUUGUUUGUUAUCUGCAGAGGAAAGAAAAGGGAAAGUUGAAGCAAAAUGUUUACAUGCAUAGCAUGUACGAAACAGACAGACGACGGAGGUGAGGAUGGGGCUGCGCGUGGGAGUGGCACGCCUAGUACAAAGGAAGCCGUCAAAAGCCUGACAACGCAGAUUAAGGACAUGGCGUUGAAAUUUUCUGGUGCUUAUAGGCAGUGCAAGCCUUGCACAGGCUCCAGUAGCUAUAAGAAAGGGCAGAGACCAUACCCAGAUUUUGACACAGCUUCAGAAGGGGUUCCAUAUCCUUACAUAGGAGGGGCAAGUGCAAGUUCAACCCCUGCUUGGGACUUCCCUCCUAUUAACCGCCACCCUCAUACAAGAUCUGACUCUAGAUUUAAAGCGGCUUAUAGAGGAGAUCAGACCCCUGGAGGCGAUUCCACCAUAUCAGCAUGUGAUGUGGUGCUUGAGGAUGAGGAUGAGCCGAAAGAGUGGAUGGCACAGGUGGAGCCCGGCGUUCACAUUACUUUUGUGUCCCUACCCAAUGGAGGCAAUGAUUUAAAACGAAUUCGUUUCAAUCGAGAAAUGUUUAACAAAUGGCAAGCUCAGCGAUGGUGGGGGGAGAAUUAUGACAGAAUAACGGAGCUCUAUAAUGUCCAGAGAUUCAAUCAACAAGCUCUUCAUACGCCACCAAGAACUGAGGACGGGAGGGAUUCUUCCUACUCAAAAAUGGGAAGGGAUAGUCCGAUGACUUCCGCGAACAAAGACUGGACGCCGAGAAACUAUAAACCUUCAGGAAGUAAAGGAUUUCCAUCUGACCAGCAUUAUGAUCAUGGAAACAGCCACCCAUAUGCAGGUUCAAGCGCCUACCCAGCAGGCAGCGCCAAAGGUGACAUGUCCUCGAUGGAAGCAUCACGCACAACAACCUCUUCUCGAGACGAACCUUCAAUCUCCAUUAGCAAUGCAAGCGACAUUGAGGCGGAAUGGGUCGAGGAAGAUGAACCGGGGGUCUACAUAACUAUCAGGCAGCUUGUUGAUGGCACUAGAGAGCUUCGUCGUGUCAGAUUCAGCCGCGAAAGGUUUGGGGAAAUGAACGCGAAGCAAUGGUGGGAACAUAACAGGGAGAGGAUCCAAGCUCAAUACCUAUAAUUUAUUGAUGGCAGCAACAGGUUUUAAAACUAAAAAGAGUAUGAGAAGGAGCACCUUCAUGUCCCAAAAAGGAGUUCCUAAAAUUUUGUCUUUAGAAUGUAAUAUUCAAAAAAGCCAUCAGCUGGAUAGAGUGUUUUUUUUUUUUUUUUUUUUGCUAAGGAAAACUUACUCACCACCAGCCACCACAGAUACAACAAAAGAAAAAAAAGAAAAGCAAAACAAAACUUCUGAUUUCCCUAUCAGAAUUCUCCAAGUCAUUCUUUUAUUUUCUUCCUAAGCCAUGUCUUUUUUUUUUCCCUUCCCUUUUCUUCUAAAUAUUCAUUAUACAAUCUAUUUUUAUCAAUUUUUUUUUAUCGA